AUGUCGACCAUAGACGACCAAAGACCCAACGGGCAUCCGCAUUCCCCGGAUCAGCUGUCAGGACCCGCCGCCGCAAUCUCCACGCCGACGGCGCAUCCAGCCCAGACUUCUGCCGUCCCGCAGCCGACAACAACGAUGCCGACGACGACGACCGCUGAGCCGAGUGGGGGCGUCAACGGCCAUGCAGUCAAUGGGACCACGAAUGGCACCACACCGGUCACGGGCCAUUUAACCAACGGUACGUCGGAUGCGCCUGAAGCCAAUGGCUCGGCACCGAACGGUCACUCGCUGAAUGGCGUGUCCGCCGAGAACCAGUACACUGAUGGAAAUGCCGUCCCAUCAUCAUCAAAUGGUGGGCCAUCAACCAGUGGGCAUGACUUGCCCCAGAACAAGGAGGGAGACCUCGAGAAUAAAAUCGAGGGCCUGCGGAAUCCGGAAGCUAACGGUCACAAGCCACCCGACCAGAAGCAGCAUCAUCAUUCCGGCGAUAUUAAGGGACUAUAUACCGAGGGCAAGGAAAAGGUCAAAGACAAGACGAAGCCGUCCGGCGGCUUCGACACGACCCCGUUGCCCGAUGCCCCUCCGGGAUAUACCGUGAGGUUCAUCUUCCAUAGAGCAAGCAACCUUCCUGCGGCGGACAUCGGCACCAGGUCGUCCGAUCCCUUUAUUCACGCCACUCUCAGAGCGGCCGUGCCAAAACGACACAAGGAGGACCCUGACCUGGUUCACCGCACCGAGACCAAGAGGCGGACCACCGAGCCUGUGUGGAACGAUGAGUGGGUUGUGGCCAACAUCCCCGCUGGAGGAUUCAUCCUCAAAUGCCGUAUUUAUGACGAGGACUGGCCCGACCAUGAUGACCGCCUUGGCAAUGUCACAGUCAGAGUCCCCUACGUCGGCGAGGACUGGAAGGGGUAUCCGCAGCCGGGUCAGGAGUUCGUGGCCAAGAAGCGCAUGGGUAGUAAACGAGCCUACCUCGUCAAGGCCAUCACCAGCCAUUUCGACCCGCGGACGGACAUGUCGCCAAGGCUGUGGAUCAGCAUGGAAGUCUUGGGGAAGUCGGACCCGCCGUAUGCGCAUAUGUACACCAUCGGUCCUACCUCGUACUUCAAACAUUUCAGUCCCAUGAUUGGGCGGCUCACCGGAAUCAAGGUCAACAGGGACGAGGAGGCCGACGCCCGCUCUGACUUGUUCGAAGAGUCCCAGGGCAAGGGCAAGGACAAGGACGGCAAGAAGACGACAAAAUACGACUUCCAAUCCAACGAGAUGCAACUAUCGGGGCCGGUGCCUCCCGAGCUGUACCACCGCUACGUCGAGUUCAGGCCCAUGAUCGGGUUGAUGUUUGCCAAGAGCGGCUUGAGAGGCAGGAUUCUCAACAAGGCGUUGCACAAGCAGCAUAGCAGAGUCUACAACUUUGACAGUUCGACCGAGUACGGCGUUUUUAGGGCCCGCUCGGAAGAGGCUGCCCUUCAGUUCCUCAAGCUGGUACACUUUGAUGAGGGGGGUCGGAUAUUCACUUACGUGCUGACGCUCGACGGCGUGUUCCGCUUCACCGAGACGGGCAAGGAGUUCAGCAUCGACAUGUUAAGCAAGCACACCAUGCAUAGCGACGUCGAGACCUACAUUGCAUGCUCGGGCGAGUUCUUCGUUCGCCGGCUGGAGAAGCCCGACGCGUCAGACGACCCAGAGCCCGAUGAGAGGACACAUCCGUCGGAGGAGCUCCCCGACGGGCCGCCGAACGCCCACCCUCCCCACAACCCGUCGUACUAUCAGCUGUUCAUCGACAACGAUUCAGGAACGUACAGGCCGGACAAGUCUAUCCUACCCAAGCUCAAGGAGUUCUUGGAAGCAAACCUCCCCGGACUGGGCAUCGUGGUCAUGCACUGCGAGAACGAGGAGCUCCAGAAGCUCAAGAAGGAGCAGGUGGAGGCCAAGAAGAAGGAGGGCAGGAUGGUCAACAUGGUGCUCAACCGCAGCCCGAGCUCGAGUUCGAUGAGCUCGAACGAGAGUGCGCUGCAGCGCAUGGAAGAGGCGGGCGAGAACGGCGCGCCGGUGAAGAGCACGACGCAGAAGGCGCUGGACGCUCUGGAGGACCCGGGCACCUUGAAGAAGAUGCUGAAGCCCGGUAACCAUGGGCACGGCAACGGCCAUGGCCACUCGCAUGGGGAGGGCGAGAGUUCGACUGCACACUGA